UUUGUUUGGAGAGCUGGGCUUUUGGCCCAGCAAAGGAUGCUUAUGGCUUAUGGGCUUCGAAGUUUGACCCAUGCUCCGGCCUUAAUCGCUCUUGCUCCGCCUCCGCGCCGCCCCGCCCGGCCGCCCCUCCACCACGCGCCACCGUGGGGUCGUCCUCUGCCGUCGCCGAUCUCCUCCCCCACGGUCCUCCGCCGCCGCCUCCCUCCGCCCCUAUCGCGCUUUUCCCCACUAGCUGCUUUGAUUCAACGAGAGGUUGUCCCAGACAGGCCAAUGAUGCCAGACGAGACGAUGCCGCCCCGUCUUUCCUGAUUUCAGCGCCAUCUGAGCGCUGACGUCGCGCUGCGGUGCCGUGGGAGCUCUACUCCGCUGGGUGGUCGCACCGCACGCCCCCAUCCUCCAGGGUGGCUGCGCAGCUGCAGCGUGGUCGGGCUGUCAGCGCCCCUGCCCAAUGACCAGUGCCGCAGUGCCUGCUGGCCGCUGCUGCUCUAGUGCUCUGCCUCUUCCCCUGCUGCUAUGCUAAUGCUAAGUGCUACUGCUACGCUGCAUCUCUGUUAUACUAUAAAAUCAAACUUGUUUGCGCCUGUGGAAUGUGCACACCCAUGGGAAUUUUUCUUGAUGGUCCACUGCUGACAUGCACACACAUCUCUUCUGCCACUGUCAUCUCAAAUGCCAUGCUGUUAUGCCAGCAGUGGCUGCAACUCUUCAUCUAGUUGUGGCAAAUUUUAGCACAUCCCCAACACUUGAGAAAUCAAGAAAGCAAAGGCAUGCCAACCUUCAAAAUGCAUUGAGAGUUUUGGACCUUGUACCAUCCAAGCAUCAUCAUGACCAAGAGGAAGUUCCGUCGCAUCACCGCCUUAUCAAUGGUUGUAUGGGUGACAUCUUGGGAGUACAAUCAAGACUGCAUGCUAUGCGUAAGGGUAAAGAGAGCUUUGCUAACUCAAGCUCAAACCAAGCACAGCCUGAACGCAGUAACAUUUUCUCAAAUAAUACCUCAGUUUGCCCCUCCAUAACUAAACUCACAAAGGAGGACAUGUUUAUGCAAAUUGUGGAGUUGCAUAGGAGGGGACAAAUCAGUUCAGAUGCAUCUAUUUUGGCAUCUGCACUGAGUUACUGUGCUGAUGGGAAAACUCUUACUGCAGGUGUACAGUUCCAUGCUCUACUAGUGAAAGUAGGAUAUGUCUCAUCUAUCCCCAUUGGCAGCUCACUAAUCAGUUUUUAUUCAAGAUGCGGCCAAUUGGAAAUUGCUCAUCGGGUUUUUCAAAAUAUGACAGCAAAAAAUACUGUGACAUGGACAGCAUUAAUUUCUGGCUAUGCCCAGGAUAAUCAGGUCGAACCAUGUCUCCAUUUGUUUGCACUGAUGAGGCGGUCUGUGUGCAAGCCAAAUGACAUUACAUUUGCAACUAUCUUCAGUGUCUGCACUAAUCAUGCAUUUCUUGUACUUGGUAAAAGCGUGCAAGCCCUACAAAUGAGAAUGGGUUUUGAUUCCUAUGUGCAUGUGUCCAAUGCAUUGAUAUCAAUGUAUGCAAAGUGUGGGAGUAUUGGUGAAGCACGAGCUGUAUUUGAGAGCAUUACAUGCAAAGACCUGGUCUCUUGGAACUCCUUGAUCUUUGGAUAUUCACAACAUGGCCUUGCUGAGCAUUGCCUAGGCUUGCUUAAAGAAAUGGAAGGGCAUAUAAUACCGGAUGCAAUCUCCUUCCUAGGCGUGCUCUCAUCAUGCCGGCAUGCAUGCCUUGUGGCGGAGGGCCGACGCUGCUUUAGGGCAAUGAUUGAACAUGGAGUAAUACCAGAGAUAGAUCACUACUCAUGUAUGGUCGAUCUUUUUGGCCGUGCAGGGCUGCUUGAUGAAGCAUGGGAUCUGAUCCAGACAAUGCCCAUGCCUCCAAAUGGUGUCAUAUGGGGCUCCCUGCUAGCUUCCUGUAGGGUGCAUGGGAGCAUUUCGAUCGGAAUACAAGCUGCAGAGCACCGUCUAAAGCUGGAGCCAAGUUGUGCUGCAACUCAUGUCCAGCUAGCGAAUUUGUAUGGGAGCAUUGGCUGCUGGGAUGAUGUGGCAAGAGUGAGGAAGGUGAUGAAGGAGAGAGGACUGAAAACAAACAUCGGGUGCAGUUGGAUAGAAGUUGGCAAUAAAGUUUACACUUUCACAGCAGAAAACAGAUCAAAGAGCCAGGUAAACAAUGUCCUGGAUGUUCUUGAUUGCUUGCAGUCACAUAUGGACCACAAGUAUGAUGUACUGAUUGAGGGUCUGGAUUGGGAGCAUAUCAUGUUAAGUUUAAACACUAUAUAAAUUUAAAGAACAUUGCUUGUCAUGUUCAACUUCAUUUGAAGAGGAGACACUCAAUAGGAAUUGUCAUGUGUCACUCACACCUCAAAUAUCUGCAAUCUCGAUUAACAUGUAAGUAUAACACCUGUGCUUGAGCAUUUUAAAAGAUUUGAUUUGCUCAGUUUACUUUCUUCUGAACCACUGCUGAUAUCCAUUUCAUUUUGUAUUAAAUAUAUUUUCACAA